AUGCUUGAUACAAUAGCAUCACGGCCCGCGAGACGCCUCGUCAUAUCGUAUGUCGCUGUCUUCUUCGCCGCCUCAAGUCUGCCGCCAUUGACCGUCGCCGAUUCCAAUGCGCCGUGCUAUGACCCGACCGGUACCCUCGCACCCGGGUAUUUUCCUUGCGAUUCGACGGCCUACAUCACCAACUGCUGCGCACCCGGCUACACCUGCUUCAGCAACUCGCUCUGUGUCGUGACAAACGAGUCCAAGUCGUUCCCCAACCUCACCCUGGGCGCGGUUGAGCGCUCCAUGUGCACCAACCCGCAGUGGAACAACGACAUCUGCGGCGACUUUUGCAUCACCGGCUCGGGCAAUGCCGACGGCGAAAUGGUCGCCUGCGGUGACAACCGCUUUUGCUGCCGCGGCGACUACAACGCAGGGCGCUGCAACUGUUCUCUGUCGUCGCCCAACGAGGGCGGUAGCUUUGUGGUGAACGCGGGCAAGCCGCAGACCAUCGUGGGCGAGACGGCGUCCUUUACCGGCACCGUAUCCUACCUGACAUCGCAACCGACACCGGCCCCUACGCCAACCUCGGCCGAAUCCUCCUCGACAUCGUUGCCCACGAGCUCCAGUGCCUCAGCGUCUGCGAGCACGUCGCCAAUGCCCCAGCCCGAAACGAGCAAGCACACCUUGGCCUUGGGUCUCGGCGUUGGUCUCGGUGUCGGUGUCCCGCUCCUGGCGGUCGCAGGUUGGCUCUAUUAUUGGUUCGGGCUGCGGAAAAACAAAAAAGGCCGUCGUAGUAGCGGGCGCCGUUGGACGCUCCCGAUGGACCUGGCACUGGACGGCACGGCAUUCGGAGAGCAGAUGGCAAGGCAGGAAAACGCACUCCAGACGGGCGAGGUUGGCGCCAGGACAAGCCUUCUCGAGAACGACGGGCUUCCUGGCCACCGUCUCAACCUCAGCAACCUGAGUGAGGUGCCGCCACCGCCGCCACAGGUCCGUCACGAUGUCGGUUGA